UCUUCUCUGGUAAAAGAGCACGGGGAAUCACAGCUGAAAACUAAAUUAACACACAAAAACAAAACAAAACAAAGCACCUAACACAGAGGCCGCUAUACUCAGUGCCAUUUCCCCACAACAACCAGCCAUUACAUAGCUAGCUGUUUAAGGUCUGUGAGUUUGAAGCUAGCAUGAAUGCAAAGCAUCAAAUUAAAUUCAAGAACGGCUACUUCAGGUGAUAUAAGUUGCAACAAUGCAAUAAAAUGAAUGCUAGGCAAAAAAAAUAAUCUUGAUUAAAAAAAAUACUUUCUUACCUGAAAAUCAGAUUUUUGCUUUUAAAAUUCACAGUGCUGCUAACAGAGACAUGUCACUUCUCAUGUGAGCUUGAAAAUUAAAUUGGCGUCUACGAUAUUGAUGACAUCACCGCAGUUGUUUUCCGAUAUACUGAAAAUGUUACAGCUAACCCAGUGUUACACCACUCCCCGGUCUCCCCUAUUAGCUCUGGAAAAGAUGUUUUGCUGACAGUAUAGUGAACCAAUGAACUGUAUACAUGGUGAGCAUUAAAGAUAAUUUUUGAAUUAAAAAACAAUAGAAAGAAAAACAUCUUAACUAGAUUUUCUGUAUGUUUUGUAUCUUUAAACCACAACUUAGAUCUCCCUCAGAAGUUGUCUUCAUGGAAUGGAAUUAGGUAUGUAUGUGUGUGUAGGGGUGGGGGUGGGGGGUACUUGGACUCGUGACCUCACUGACCUAUCUCUUUACCAUAUGUGGUAUCAUCCCUGGCAGUUAAUGAUAUCACUAUCGUUCUAUUCAUUGGAAGUGUGGCAUUUUGAGUCAUAAAAUCCAGCUCUGCGCGUUCUGCGCCAGUGAGCAAGGUGCAAACAAAUCAAUAUUUCCACAGAGGGGAGAAUAUUACUGCUCAUAUUGACAGUGACGACACCACCAAGAGCCAAUUCACAUUUCACAAUAACGACCUGCAGCUCAAACAUAAGUCAUUUUGAAAAACUGCACCAGGGAGCUGAAAGUGCUAAUGGCAGCUGUUUAAAUUCAGAAAAAUGUACAGUACACUACCGCUCUCAAUGAAAGGAGCAGAAUUGAUCGAUGGCUCCAUUCAUUCACUUUCCCAACCGCCCCCAUUUCAUCAAAAUGGCGUGACCUAUGGCUGCUGCCCAACUGGUGGAGCACAGAGGGUUCCCCGCCACAGAGGAUAUAAAUACAUGGAGAGCGAGCAAUUACCUAGAAGCAUUUACCCUCUCGUCGUCUCUUUGGACACCAGGCUCAAAAGAUCUCUGACACCAUGAAAGUAAGUACAAUUCACAAAAACAUUUUGGUUUCAUUCAGUUGGAAAAUCUGCAUAUGAAGCGUUUGUUUUCCUUUUUCCAGCAUAGUUUCACCUCUUUAUAGGGGUACUAUACAGACAAAUUUGCAAUGUAGAAAAGUGAAUACAGUUUUCAUCUGGAUGCAUUAAUGAAAAUUAGAAGAUAAAAACAUUACAGUAAAUUACUUUCUAGAAUUCUGCAAUUCUUAAAGGUAGCCGAAGAUUUUAUGUCAUUUUAUGCAUCAAUUGCUGAUGCAAAACAUGUUUUUACAUACAGGUCUGUAUCUACAGAUAUAGCCAUAAUAUGCUAUUUAGCACAAAAGUAUCAAAGUUAUGAAUUCAUUUUAGGUUGUAAAAUAAGUAAACAAGUGCGUAUUGCGUUAAUCAGAACACGUCAGAUUGAGUGUUUCUCUGAGAAGGAUGUAGCUGUGAGAAAUGGGAAUUAAAGAGUUUGUUCGUAUUUCCUAUAUCCCUCAGGGUUUGAGGACCAUCACAUUAACUUAUGUACUCACCCUUUUACUACUGGCGUCCUUUAUUGCACAGUCGUGGAGUGCACCGAAGGGCUCUUUCCAACGGAGAAACUGGACCCCGCAGGCUAUGUUGUACCUCAAGGGCACUCAGGGACGCAGGUUCAUCUCAGAAGACCGAAAAGAAGGAGAUGUCUAUGACACAUUACACUUAGAGACCCGCAGUCAGAACACAGAGAAACUGAGCGUGGAUCAGGCUGCCACUGUCCUGCUCAAUUUCCUGCAGCAGACCAGAGAGGGAGCCGAUGAAAACCCAAAUGACGUGUAUUUCCAGGAGCUGCCAGUGUGGAAGAGAGAAUAUUUCUGAUUUUUGAAUACAAGGUGUUCGGUUCUUUGUGAGGGAGAAGAACAGCUGUUUUGUAAAUAUGAAUUCUCUGACUACGUUUGAAAUGUGAUGUUUUAAUAAAAAGAGUAUGUAUUCAUAGCACUA